AUGUUCGCUCUCUAUCUCACAGCCGAGCUUGAGGGGGUCACGAACCUGCGCCCCGACGACAGCGAGGGCAACCCCUUCUGGUACACCUUCAAGGUCCAGUGCACAUCUUGUCGCGAGGUCCACGACAAGACCGUGGGUGUCAACCGCUUCGAAAACAACGAGAUGAGCGGUAGCAGAGGCGAGGCCAACUUUGUGUGGAAAUGCAAGAACUGCAAGCGCGAGUCUUCCGCCUCCAUCAAGGCCGCUCCUGCUCCUUAUGAGCAGGUUGAACCUGCCAAGCAACGAAAGAUCAUCGAGUUCGACUGCCGAGGUCUGGAAUUUGUCGAUUUCGUACCUGAAGGAGAGUGGCUUGCGGAGGGCGUGGACUCGGGCACCAAGUUCACUGGCAUCGAGCUCACCGAUGGCGAGUGGUUCGACUACGAUGAAAAGGCUGGCGAGGAAGUCAGCAUCAAGGAGUUGAAGUGGGAGGUUAAGCGUGCUUAG